ACGUAUCAAAAUUAUGAGAGAAAAAGAUUAAACAAAGUCCAAUAGCAUAUAUAUCAUCGCAUCAUUAAAAAUGCCAAUAUAUAUGAGUUGAUGUUUGAAGAGAGAGAGAGAGAGAGAGAGAGAGAGAGAGCAGUCUUCUCUUCUCUUCUGACGCUACCGUCUUCAAAUUUCAGUCUCAGAAGAGAAACACAGAGAAACGGGAGGAGGAGAGAGAGAGCGCUUUCCGACGGCGAUCGGCGAUGAGCUGCUCUGUUGAUAAGUUGUUCUAAGUUAGAGACAAACAUUGAUACAUUGAGGAAUAUUGAUCAAGGAGGAGGAGGAGGACGAUCUCUCUGGGCCGCUCUGAUUAAUUUCUCUGAGAAUUCAAUCGAGAGAGAUUUUGAGAUGGAGGAGCAGACCGCACAGACUGAUACAACUGCUUCAGAUAGAACUCAUACCGUCGUGUUGGAUAUUGAGAGCCUUACACAACUCUCAGAUAGAAGCUCCGGAAGCCCCAAAAUGACAAGAGCACUCUCAAGAAAAUGGUCUUAUCGAGCAGAGAGAUUGAUUAGUAAUGACGAGGAGGACACGGAUGAGCCACCAAAGAAACUUCUAGUGAAAGUGAAUUCUCAGUCGGAGCCUUUGAAGCAGUCAUUGAUCACUGCAAAAUCUAUUGGGUCAAGCUCAACUGCGCUUACAGGCACUAAUCGGUUUAUGGCCAUCAACCCUCGGAAGAUACUUUUUAUAUUUGCAACAGUGUCCAGUAUGGGUACAUUAAUCCUCAUAUAUUUCACACUGGCUAUCAAUAGAACAGUUUGACAGACCAUGGAUGGAAUGGAGCUAGCAUAGCGUAGACGGGCACAUGAUCGAAUCAAAGCGUAUUCACUCUCUCCGAUUUUAAUUUUUUUGGUAGCUGUGCUGCUGGGGAUAACUACUCCAUUCAUGAAUCCUCCAUGCUGCAGUCUCAGUCUUUGUCUAACGGUUGAUCUCUCUUCUCUUCUCACUCUGCAAGUUGAGAUCAAAUACAUAUACUUGUUAAAUGAUCCAGCUUUUUCAGCUGCACCAACUCUGUCAGUUUGUGUCAGCGCAGCUACUUGAUUGAGUUACCAUCUCAUCCGGUUAAUUUUUGUGCUGCUUCUUGCUUCCAAAGCAACCCUGUUUUAUGCAUCAAAAAUCUACCAGGGACUUACCCCCGUGGUUUAUUUAUUUAUUUAUUUUUUUACUCAAGGUUAACGUGCAUGUUGUUGAUUAGGGUGUUUUUAAACCACUUCGAAUUAAGCAUCAAACACUAGGCUUUUAGGCACCUCUCUGAUAUAAUCGUUGUACUAUCGACAUUCAGUUUUGUAUCGAAUGCUUAGUUAUGUCUUGAGAAAUAUAGAUCGUUAUCGUUGCA